AAUUUCUGCUUUGUUUUGUUGGUUGUGAUAGUCCUUUACGUCGGUCACCAUGGAUUUGCAGUCACCGCGGAUUUGUUGCCGUUGUCGUUGCUUAUGUCCUUACCCAUCUCGCCGACUACUCUAUCCUUUACACCUUUACCUUCACCAAACGACUCGCCAUCUUGGGAGCGAGAAGUUGCUAUCCAAAAACAACCCCAAGGGUUCGUCUAUACGACUCUAGCUAACAGGCUAUUCGAUCCCCAUCUCCUUCACCUUCACCAUGGCUGGCGGCCACAAAAACCGCAGCAAGAACCCCCGCAAAAACAAGAACAAAGACAAUGGCAAAUAUGGCACCGAAGACGGCCCCAAAGCCAGAGAUAAGGGUAAGGCAGAAAGCUCAUAGCCGCUCGCACUCACUAACCUCAAGUCGCCCAUCGACCUCCGCGAGCUCAACACGCCCAACUCCACUUCGUCUUUGAACUUCUCAUUGCGCAAAUUUACACCCCAAAUGAGCAUGUCUAACAAGAAAGUCGACAACGAGACAGGUCCCAAGGAACAAGUUGCGAACGCACGUACACCUCGAUCUGGCUUCGAUGAUUGGACAUCUCCAGAGCCUGAUGUGCACAACAAACCUGAGCCCGGUCCCUCAAAAUUGCGAAAGAGCAAGACAACUCGCGCAAUAGGUCUCGCUCGAGCAACUGAUGCAGCGAAGAGGCUGCACCGCGUUAUGGGCAUAGCACCACCAGAACCGUUUGUUAUGCCGCCUGAGAUACCGGAACAUUUAGGGGAAGAGUUCGUUGCUGGAUUGGAGGAGUAUGGUUUGGACAACAAGACGCAAAAUAUGGGGUUGGAUGUGCUGAGUCAGGCGGCGGGCAUACAGGAGCGUCUGCCGGAUAAGCCGCUGUUUCCUUCUCCACAUGUCGAUGCGGAUACUUGGGAUGAAGGAAAGGGGAAAGGCAAAGGUAAGGAGCCCAUGUCUACUCCAAUAGCCAAGGGUAAGCAGCCUAUGGCGCCGAUCCAAGCUAACGUCGCCAUUCACGCUCCAUCAGGAGUAGAGCCUUCGUCAGCUAAGAGGCGCAUGUCGCCUCCAGGCGGUGAUGUAAACUCCAGCCCGGCACCAAAAGGUUCCCGUGUAGACGGUAAAAUAAUCGGCCUACCAACCCUUCCUGAGUCAUCUUCCUGGGAUAUCGAUUUCCACGGUUACACUCCCGCCCUUCUCACCAUCCUCCUGAACUGGUCCUUUACAGUACAGUCAUUCUACCGGCGCCUCCCAGACCCCAAGGCCUUCCGUGCCCAUGCCUCGUUUCCCUUCCCCGUAACCGCUCCGCUCUAUAACCACCUCGUCUCCGUUGGCUUCUACGACACCAGCAUCGUCCCACACAAGGAGAUCCAGUUUUUAGGUCCAGGCGACGCAGCUGAGAUUGCCUACGCAGAAGUCGAUGUAUUUCGUGGCAAGGAAGAACGCCCUGCUUUCGAGAAGCAGGAGCAAGAACAUACAAAUCUCGAAGAGAUGAAGAAGAAGCUGAGGCUUGGACGUAGGUACCGUGGACCGGGAGGACAGGCGAGUAGAUCCCAGGAUCAGAUGUACCUUGCCAUUCAUGGAGAGGGACGGUGGGCGUACAACUUGAUCAAGGGCCACGCCGCCUCGCCUGAGGACAUCGCACCACCGCAUGUCAUGCUCGCGUGGCACAUCUCCGCUGUCACCAAUGUGUCGAGUUGCCUACACACUGUCUUUGCCGAGAACAAUGCUCCCGCUCCUGGCGACCAGCCCACGACCCCAACAUCUUCUAAGCAGCCGCUGAAGCGCUUUGCUUCCCUACAGAAUCUUGUGAGCGGAAGCCGUGGCCAGAAGCAUCUCCAUCGGAGAUUCGCUCCGCUUCGAGCAGUUCCGAACUGCCUCAAGUGGAUGUAUCGAGCAUUGAGCCGCAAGAGGGCGCGCUGACGUUGAAGAGGACGGUCGCCAAGAUGGAGAAAUCUGGGAGUAUACCGCUUGUUGAGGGCUUCCGGGUCGACGUUGGGCAGUUCAAGGGAUGGCUGGAUGCUGUAGGUAGGGGAACAGCAAGCUCAUUAUUUGGAAGAAGUAGUAGUCUACGACUCUACCAUCCAUGUGCCAGUUGCUUAGAAUGUGGCUCCAGGGGCUUGCAGUACGAUUGGGCGAAAGGACUGAGCUCGGGUUGGUCGUUCGGAAAAGAUGCUUCGAAAGAGAGCAGUGUGACUUUGCACUGUAAGGCGAAAGGCUGGAUGAAGUGAACUUGCUCCCGAUUGAAACAACAGUCGCU